AUGGAGUGGCUCAAACACUCGAGCAAGCUGACAAAACAAUGUGAUAUCUGUAACACCCCAUACCAGUUCAAGACCAUUUAUGACCCGAACAUGCCUAAGAGGGUGCCUCUUCUGCUAAUCGUCGAAAAGGUCGUGAGCACAGUUACCAAGGCUAUCACUAAGUACUUGCUGAUUGUGCUUUACUUGGCAUUCAUCUUACAGCUUCCGAUCUUCUGGAAGCUCAUCGGCAGAGUGUACACUUUUGUCGUGGACGGAACGCUACCUCCGUCUUCUCAUAGUGUGGCCAUGUCUCUUCUAUAUGGCACAUCCAUUGCAUUUCAAGAAGACGUGCCUUCGGAAGCGAAUGCUACCAUGUUCGAGAAGGCAUGGUUCAUUUUCAUCAACACAUUCCAAAGUGGCUUAUUUCAUGUGGCCAUGUUCGUUGUAAUGCUCGUUUCUAUCUUUGUCGAGCACGAAUGGGUCGUCAGAGAUGAAGGAUACAUGAAAAUACUACUUAACGAGAUUGGCGUUGAGCCGAGAUCCAAAUUGUUGGAGCUACUAGAGGGUUUGCAACGCAGAGACCGUGGCGAAGAUGACGACAACAAUGCGGCUGACAGACCCGGACGUAAUCGUGCUGUGGAUGUUGAACUACUUGGAGAGGCUAUCAGGGACCUCCAAAACUUCCCAGGAGGAUUCCCUGCUGAAGCAGAUCUUCGUCGAGCCUUGCAGAAUGGGCAACUCAACGAUGUUAUGCGCAGAGAUUUGUUACCUGGACAGCGGAAUGAGAGGCAGAAUGAGGAGCAGGAAGAAGCUCCCCUAGUGCUCCCAGACAUGCCAGCAAACCACUUUGAGAUGAUGGCCAAUGCUGGCGACAACGUGGAUAUCGAGGCAGCACACCAGAAUGUGGGCAAUGCCGCUAAUGAGAAUAUUAAUGCUUCGGACGAUGAUCCACAAGAUGAGGAUUAUGUUUAUGAUGGCGAUGAUAAUAACGACUCUAAUCUGGAAACCGACGAUGAACAUAUCGACUUGCAUGAGGAUCACGAAGAUGACAACCAAGAUGCGAUGGCUGCUCUCGAUCCACAACCUGUCGAGGAUCUUGAUGAAGGCAUUUUGGAGAUUAUUGGUCUAAAACUCAACGUAUCGACUCCUCUUUUGCUCAUGGUUUUGGUGGACCUCAUCGUUAUGAUCUUCUUAUUUGUGGCCUACUUGAUUCCUCACAUGGUUGGUAACUUCGUACUUUACAUUAUUGCAUUAACGUACCAAUACGUCGUUCAGAAGCUCAUUACUUUCAAUUUUCUGAACGUUGUACCAGGGUAUGUCUGCACAGCUGCUUACGUGAUAAUGCAUUACUAUUCAAAGGCCGGUCUCCUUUUGGGGCCACUGAACUUUCUCAAACACGUAUUUUUCCAACCUGUAUUGGAUGUUGUUACACGCUGUCUCUCUUUGGAAAAGGUCUUCCCUGUUUCUUUGACGGAACGGGUGAUUGCAUUAUUAAUCGGAUACUUGUUGGGCUGCUACGCAGUAUACUCAGCCAUGAGGGCCAUGACCGCAGGAAAAAAGCCAAUCGUCGGGACCACACGCAGAGUUUACAAAGUUCUAUUCGAGAUCACUGCCACGCUCAAGGUUUUCGUCGUUUUUGCUGUUGAAAUCGUCGUUUUCCCAGUAUAUUGCGGCUGGCUCAUCGAUAUGUGCUUGACACCGCUCUUCAAGUCCGAAUUGACGACCACAAACGCUGACGGUUCCAUCGUUUACCAAUACUUAUUCAUAGCAUCGACGGAACCUUACAACUCACCAUCAGCACGAAUCAUUAUUUAUUGGGGCUUUGGAACCAUUUACAUGCUUUGCUUUGCCUUAUACGUUGGAAUGUUGAGAAACAAGAUUUUGCGUCCUGGCGUGCUCUUCUUCAUUAGAAGUCCAGAGGAUCCAAAUGCAAGGCUCAUUCAUGAUGCCUUAGUGAAAUCGCUUCGUUUCCAAUUGCUGCGUAUCUGGCUUAGUGCCAAGUUCUACACUGGCAACAUUUUAUUAGGGAUAGGAAUCAUUACAUGGGGUCUCAGAUGGUUUACCACAACACUCCACUCAGAGAAGAAUGUGCUUCUUCCAAUACCAAUAUCAGUUGAGGGCAUUCUACACGUUGCAGCAGUUGCAAGGAUAGCAAGAGAAAAUCAUACGCUACUCGCCAGCUGGUGUGCCUCAUUCUGGCAGCGCGUCUUCGAUGUCGUGUGUUACAAGUUGAGGCUUUCAGAUUUUAUUUUAUGUAAGUCUGUUGCAGAGGAGCGUGGAUACGUUGUGUACAAGAGUUGGUUCCAUGAGAUUCGUGGCGACCAACCCGAUUGGGAGCAUCCAUUAUCACUCGCAGAGGCUCGUUUGAAGCUCAAGGAACCAGGAGUCACCGCUUGCUUUGUUCCUAAUGGGUAUUACGUGAGAGCACCUUCAAGUGACACGUCCAGAAAGUUCAUUGAUCAGCUCUUUAUCCCCGUGACAAGCACUGAUCAACCACUCAAGGAGCCAGAAAACAAGCCUACACGUAAUGAGGAUGGGUACGAGUCAGACUAUUCCGACGUUGAUUUGAACUAUGAAAACAGCUACGAUAUUGUUUACCGUCCGCCUGACUUCAAAACAAGAUGCAUGCUCUUGGUCAUUCUCUUGGGAGUCUUUGCCCAGUUACUAUUCGUGCUUUUAGGUACUACAGCUGCACUUACCGGCAGACUUCUUGUGAAUAUUUUCGCAGUGUGUCUUGACUUCACUGGACUUAAAUGGCACCCUUAUCAGAUAGAUCACUCAAAAGCUGACCUUCAAUCGAUAUCAUUUGGGCUCAGUAUACUUAUGGAGCUUUUCGCAGUAUGGAACAACGAGGAAUUAGUGCAACCAAGAGAGGCAGUCAGAAACGCUAUACCAGCACAGAUUAACGUAAACGUUGACGUGAGAAACUGGAUUUCACCAUGGCACAUGAUACCAUUGGUAUCACGCCUCGUUUUACUAAUUCAUAUCGGAGGACAAGCUGAGUACAUUGAAAGAAGACUAUUUGGCACCACCCUUCUUGAAAGCCAGGCUGCAGCGUCCUACAUGAAUUUGAUAUUCAACUUGGUCAUUGUCGUGAUCGCUGGUGCCCCAUGGGCCGUACCUGGGCUUGAAGAGAUGAUGGACCUAUCACUUUUCCACAGAAUUUGGAAAUGGGGAGUCAUUGACGACCUCGUCAUUCAUGGGUUCGUCUUCUGGAUAAAAAGCCGUGGCGCCGCCGACAUAGUUGUGGCCUACUGGUCUUUAACAGCCUUUGCAAUUAUCAAGGCAUGCCUUGGAGGACUUCGCUGGCUCGAGCUUGUGAACGACCAAGUCAAAAAAGAAAAGUACGUGAGAGGAACUGCCGUUCAGAGCCUUGACGAAGAGGCAACCGGCUAG